AUGUCUGUGAGUGUGGACGGCAUGGGACAAAGUCCCCCUGAUGUCUAUGAGUGUGUGGACGGCAUGGGACAAAGUCCCUCUGAUGUGGUCCCAAUAUUGGGACAAAGUCCCCCUGAUGUUUAUGAGUGUGUGGACGGCAUGGGACAAAUUCCCCCUGAUGUAUAUGAGUGUGUGGACGGCAUGGGACAAAGUCCCCCUGAUGUAUAUGAGUGUGUGGACGGCAUGGGACAAAGUCCCCCUGAUGUCUCGGCAGGACUGGUCGUGGACGGCGUGCAAGUCUCCAACGACGGCAGCGUCGCCCACACGGCGGACUGGGGACGGCUGGCCGUCCUCCUCGACAACGGCCCGUCCACCUGCCUGCUAGCGGUGGUGCAGCUGCUGGGGGGCGGGACGGGGGGCGUGGGCGCCCCCCUGCACGCCGCUGAGGUGCCCCACCGCUGCGUGUGCCUCGCCUUCAGCCCCACCGCCCACCACCUGCUGGUGGGCCUCGCCAAGCGCCUCGUGCCGGGCCUCGGCAGGCCUGAGGACAACCUCCCCUCGAAGAUGGUGCAGGUGGUGCAGCUGACGCCUGACGGGGGUCUGGCGGUGGUCCGGGAAGUGCACAACCACUUCAGGAGCGCGGGGUCCCAGCGCGUCCAGAUGCGGGAUGAUAACGGCGCCCUCAUGGGUGCUGGGGGCAUGUGGGGGGCUCAUGGGGGACUCAUGGGGCAUCUGGACAUGUCCCCAGACUCUGUAGGGGUGCUGGGGGACGUGGCUAACGCCCUGGGGAGGCCUGAGGAGGAGGUAGAGUUACGUAUGGGCGCAGAGAUGUUGAACUGCGCCGUGUGGCUCCCUGCUGACGGAGGGAGAACCUUGCUGGUGGGGACGAACAGCGGCAGGAUAGUCGCCUUCAGGUUCUCCUGAGGACGUAGGGGAUUGUGGGGGGUGUUGUGGGACGUUGCUAGUGCCCUGGGGAAGUCUGAGGAAGAGGGACACCCCAUGGGGCUCAACGCUGACGAAGGGAGAACAUUGCUGGUGGGGACAAACUCUGGUCGGAUCUUAGCCUUUACGUUUUCCUGAGGACGCGGGGGGCUUGU